GAUUGCUUCAUCUUUCGAUCUGCAGUAGAAAUUAUUUGAGACAUGCGAGACGGUUCAUUCGCUGUGUAUGUUUUCAGAAAAUCUGUCUACAUAACCCACAUUACUUGAUAUCGAAUAAAGGCGGUUGAUUCGAUAUCCAAAAUGGGGGAGCCACAGCAGGUCAGUGCUCUUCCGCCACCACCUAUGCAGUACAUCAAGGAGUACACGGAUGAGAAUAUGCGAAAAGGGUUGGCCCCCAAACCUCCACCCCCCAUUCGAGACAGUUACAUGAUGUUUGGUAAUCAUUUCCAGUGUGAUGACCUCAUCAUUCGACCUUUGGAGAGCCAGGGCAUUGAGCGCCUCCACCCCAUGCAGUUUGACCAUAAAAGAGAGCUGAAGAAACUAAAUAUGUCCAUUCUGGUGAACUUUCUUGACCUCCUGGACAUCCUCAUCAAAAGCCCAGGCAGCAUUAAGCGAGAGGAAAAGCUUGAAGACCUGAAACUCCUUUUUGUCCACAUCCAUCACCUCAUCAAUGAGUACCGGCCUCACCAGGCCAGGGAGACACUUCGUGUGAUGAUGGAGGUUCAGAAGAGACAGAGGCUGGAGACAGCUGAGAGAUUCCAGAAGCACCUGGAGCGGGUUGUGGAGAUGAUUCAGGGAUGUCUUGCUUCACUGCCUGAUGAUUUGCCACAACCAAAUAGUACGGGGGAGGCUGGUGGUGCCGGCAUAGCGGGAGCCUUUAGACUAAAAACAGAACCUAUGGAUGUAGCUGAGGCGGGAGUUAGCUGCAUGGUUGUGCAAACAGACAAAAACAUUUCCUCGGAGCGGGACAAAGUGUGGGAUAAGGAUUCUUCAAUGUGCAGAAUUAUUGAUGAAAUGACUUGAGCUGCCUAAAAAAAUGUUUUUGUUUUGUUUUAUGGUUAUUCAAGAAAUGUCAGUUUUCUGUCUCUGUCAAAAGGCAUAGGCAACCAACAAGCAGAACAAAUUAUGGGCAUUUUUACUGUUUACACAGUGGUCAGUUUAUAGUCCAAGUAGAAUAACAUGCAUAAAAUAAUUAAAAAAAAAGGUGAUCUACUUUUCAAUUGCAUAUUUGCCCCAUUCUGCUUUUUCUAUUACAUCAUACAGGUGAAACAUAUUUUGUAAAUGUGUUCGGCUUGUUAAAUGCACAUGACUUUAUUGUGCAGCAGCCAAAUAUUAUAUAAGUAUUGGCAGGAAGUAAUUUAUAGGUCUUUACAGUACUUCAGUGUUUUGAUGAAAAUAAAGGGUAACCCAUAAGUAUCUAUUUACAGCCAUGAAAUGUCUUCUGUACUUUUUAUAUGGUAUAGUUGAUCAAUUGUGGCAAAACAGUGUGGGUCCCUAAGUGACACCUGCUUCCUUUAAAAAUAUGUAUAUAAAUAAAAUGAAUGAAAAAUAAAUGAAGACUUGUGCAGUUAGGUUCUUUUGAAAUGUG